AUGUUACGAAAGGAAGCUAAAAUAGACUGGACUGCUGAAACAUUGGAUGUAUUUAUAGCCAUCAAGAGGGCAAUAACUGAAGAAUCUGUGUUGAUAUCACCAGAUUUCAGUAAACCAUUCUUGAUAUUCUCCUUUACUUCUUGUCACACAGUAGCAGCGGUACUAUUACAAAAGAAUAAAGAUGGUUAUGAACAACCAAUUACAUACUUCAGCAAAUCUUUGAGCCCUACUAAAAUAAAGUAUGAGAUAAAUGAAAAGAAAGCCUAUGCCCUUGUAAAAACAGCCAAACACUUCAGGUCAUAUCUAGUGCGGGCAAAGGUGAUAGCUUAUGUCCCCAAUGCAGCGUACAAAGGGACAUUAGUCAAAGCCAAUACAGAAGGGAAUACCAAGGAAGAGAAGCUCAAAAUACUGCAGGAGGAAAUAGACCAAGCCAUGAAGGAAAUGACGCUUGAAAGGGGAAGACUAUUACUUAAAGAUGCUAGGAUAUUAAUAUACUCAGGAUGGGAUAUGAGAUCUGCUUUGUUGUUUGACAGUUUUCUAAAGAAACAGGGGCCCGACAAACAAAUCAUGCCAGAUGUAAUAUAUAAGAUUUUCAUGGGAUCAGGAUAUGAUCCAGAUCAGAAAGCUCUUAUGUUGUGGGCUCUAUACCCUAAGGAGAAAAUGCCAUUACUUGUCGAUAUUGAUGAGGCCUUUGGAUAUUUAAUGGUUCAACAAGUUGGGAAAACUAACCCUAGGGUCACUGCCAAAUUGAAUUUGGGUGUGGCAAAACCAAAUCAAGAUCAAGUUGAAUUCUUAGUCAGGGAGAAUUGGACUUGUAAAGGUUUGUAUGAAAAGGCCAGUAAGGAAGUGCAAUAG